GGCUUUUCUGCCUCGUAACGUAACGCGUCACCCGGCGCGCGCGCCCCGCCGCUCUUUUUCAUUUUUUUCACCUUACCGCGCCGCGGAUUGGCCCGCCUAGGCCCCUCCCUCCCCCCUCGCGCCUGCGCAGCUCCCCUCCCGUCCCUUCAGAGGAAGCGUUCGGCGAUGGAGGACGGCGGCGGCGGAGGGAGCAGCAGUUGCCAGAGGCGGUCUCAGUCGGGAGGAGGGUCGGGCCCCGGCGGCGGGGACGACAAGCCGGCGGCGCUGUGGAGCAAGGACAAGAAGGACCCCAACGCCUCGGCGGCGGACAAGGAGCAGGAGCUGGUGAGCGCUGCGCCGGAGGGAGCCGAGCUGAGUCACCGCCAGGCCCCGAGCCGGGAGUUCGCGGGGACGGCCGUCGCCUCGGCGGCGCGUGACGUCGGGCCCCGAUCUCGCGAGGGGCGGGUGGGCCACAUAAAACCCCCGCAACCCCCCUCCCCCGCGCAGUUAAUUCCCUUGUGGGCAGUGAUUGAUAGCCAGGGAAAUGUCAGCUCCGGACUGUGGGAAGAGCCGAAGGAGCAUGUGCAGAGAGAGCUCUCUGGCAAGCCUACUGCUUCUGAGCAUGUGCAGAGUUCCUCACAGAGGCGAGUGCUUCUGAACAUGUGCGGAAUGCUUUUUUCGGGGGGGGGGGUUGCCUCUGGCAGCCACAGCUGGGCUUAGCGGGAUGUGGAUUUCCUCCCCUCUCCAGUAUUUAGUGUGCGAUGUUUAUAUUGUGCUUUUACGGCUUUUUUUGUUUUAUUUUGAGCUGCCUAGAUAGACUGGGGCAAUCCAGUCAGAUGGGCGACAAACAAACAAACUAAAAAUAAAUACAGUGGUACCUCGGGUUACAUACGCUUCAGGUUACAGACUCUGCUAACCCAGAAAUAGUACCUCGGGUUAAGAACUUUGCUUCAGGAUGAGAACAGAAAUCAUGCUCCGGUGGCGCGGCAGCAACAGGAGGCCCCAUUAGCUAAAGUGGUGCUUCCGGUUAAGAACAGUUUCAGGUUAAGAACGGACCUCCGGAAUGAAUUAAGUACUUAACCCAAGGUACCACUGUAGUGUUGUUUCUGCGGGCACUCACAACCUGGGUAUUCCUGGUAUGCCAAAUGAGACCACUUGCUCAGUGGCGCUAGUAGGUGAGGUAAUAAAAAUUCUAAUGACAAUAAUUAGUGGUACGUAUUUGGCAAUACUUUGGGAUGGGUUAUGUCUGCCACGGUAAGAAGUGGGCUUGCCCUCCCUCUGCUGAGAAUAUUAUGAUUGGGAGGCCCUCCUUCUGUUCCUAGGGGCAGGAAGGUUGUAUCUGGGCAAAUGAACCUGAGUGGGUGUGUUAAGAGUUUAGGAUCUGAUGGUUUCUUCCUAGGUGAGCAAAAUGAAAAUGGGUUAGAUAUGGCAUUAUUCCUUAAUAGGGAAGGGAAUUGCACAGAAUUAAGACUGGUCCUUCAUUUAACUUAAAUGAAAGCCUCCUCAAGUUGGUAGUUAGUCUAGUCCAGUGCUGGCGACAAAUCUGUUUAACUACCUUCCUAGGUGUUUUAGGCAGUCUCAGUGCUUCCUGUCACUUCCCCCCAUUUUCUGAAAAUGUUUAUCAGCAGUUUUGCCCAACAGCUGAGGAUCUUUUGGGCUGGGAGAAAGCGAGCACCACCUCCCACUGCAUAUUGCUGCAAACAUCAGUUGCACUUCAGAGCAACUGAAAGGUCUAGCUGAUUUUCUAGUACAGGAUAAGAUUUUGCAUGGGGGUGUUGUUCCUGGCCCCUGCACGUGUUGGUAGAGCAUGCAGAAGCUUGCCCCUGUUCUGCCCUCUUCCGGGUCCAAAAGGAUCCGCACAUUGUCAAUUGGACAUGUGCAAAAUGGUCGCCAACAGUACAGGUUUUCCAAGAGGCCUGAAGUUUCACAUCUUUCCUUAAUUCCUUACAGUCUGAAGAAGACAAACAGUUACAGGAUGAGCUGGAGAUGCUUGUGGAGCGCUUGGGGGUAAGUUCCCUGUUCUUGACUGGGAGCAUGCGGAAGUUAAAUGGUAAAGCAUUAUGCUUUUCUACAUCAGUAGUAUAGAUCACUGUGUGGUGCAGCCACUCUCUGGAAAGGUAGAGUGCAUGGUGGAGUCUGCAGGCUGUGUUGGUAACAGUCCUCAUUCUCCCCACUCUACCUCCACCAGUCAAAACAAAUUCUCUACUCUUCUCUUCUCCCAGGCCUUCAGCUAAUUAAACAAUGUAUGGCCUUUGAAAUUGUGUGUGGGGUUUGUUUGUUUCCUAGCUACUAUAUUCCGUAAGUGUGGUAUCGUUACCAAAAAAAAAAAACAACAAAAAAAAAAGCUUUCCCUGGUUGCCACCUGGGACACCAGGAGAGAGUCUGAUGAAGAUCUCAGGGCUUGGGCAGGUUCUUAAGAAGGUUAUUGUCUGCAAAAAGUUACCUGUGUCUGUUUCCAGUAACUGUAUGUGGGUUUCUGGUGGCAAAGAUGUAUGUUGACUCACAUUGACACUAUUAGAUAUAAAGAGGCGGUCUUGGAAGUGGUGUUUGGGUGUUGUUGUUUGAUCCGCUCCCACUCCUGAUAGCAACUGAUUUUAUUGUAGGAGCAUGACACUGCUCUCUAUCGACCUGCACUGGAAGAGCUACGCAGGCAGAUCCGUUCUUCCACAACCUCCAUGACUUCUGUACCCAAACCCCUGAAGUUUCUGCGGCCACAUUAUGGGAAGCUGAAGGAGAUCUAUGAGGCUAUGGCUGCUGGGGAGAACAAGGUAUGUAACAUUGUUUGGCCUGAGAAAGUGUUAGAUGUCAUCUCAAGUCUUGCUUUCAUCUCUCCCAGCGCUGCAAGAGCAAAUGUGGAUUGCAAGUGCAUUAAAUUUAUUUGAAAAGAAAGAAGGAAGCCCUUCUGGUAUGGAUUGCAAGCCCACUUCCUAUCUUUGCAGUGGGAGGACUAGUAUUUAGUGGAGUUGGUGCUGCUGUUCUUUGGAAAGAAGUGAACAACCUUUACCUUGAAGCAUUGUGCCUUAGGUAUUUGGUUGGCCCCUAUGGGAACAGAGUGCUGGAUUAGAUGCAGCUUUGGUCUGAUUCAGGGAGACAUAUUUUGAACUGGGGAAGAUGCAAAUUAUAAUAUUGUUUUCAAUUCUGCCGUUCUUCAAUUUAUACCAACCAUAUUCAUGGCUGACCAUAGGAUGCAUCUCUAACACUUGCUUUCUGCCCACAGCGAUUUGCAGCUGACAUAAUCUCAGUUUUGGCCAUGACAAUGAGUGGAGAGCGAGAGUGUCUAAAGUACCGGCUGGUAGGAUCCCAAGAACCCUUGGCCUCAUGGGGGCAUGAAUAUGUCAGGUAAGCAACAAAAGGAGAUAUUUGACUUUACUGAAACUCUGGGGUGUAUUUUUUUGUAUUUUAAUUAUUAUUAACUGAAACACCACCUUCUGUGUAACUCCAGGAGUCAUGCAUAGGGUUCCCAGGUGAUCUCCCAUCCAGGAACUAGGUGGACCAGCUUAGCUUCCACAGAAUUGCUUCAUCAAAUUCUUACAGCAGCUCUGUGCUGUUUUCCAUUGCCAAGCUAAUAUGCUUUAAUCAGCUCAAAGAGUUAAUUAUUUACUUAUAAAAUUUAUACAUUGCUUGAUUGUAAACACACUCAAAAGCAGUUUAUGAAAAGAUAAGACAAUAAAAUCAAGAUAAAUUUACGCUACUUUAAAACGUACAAAAGCUAAAAUGCUAAAGCAGAUUAAAAUUACCUGAACUUUUUAAGCACCUGGGAAUCUUUUUAGCAGGUGCCAGAAAGUGCAAGAUUGGGUGUUAUUAAAAGCUUCGCGUUUAGAUUGUUUGUUGAGAAGGUUGUAAAAUAUCUGUAUAUAAAUGAAUUAAGUUUCUCUUGAGUUAGAUAAGGAAGGGUGAAAAAUUGAAAGUGAAGGCACCUCCUUGAUCUCAAUAGGCAGGGAGUUCCGAAGAGUAGGUGCCACCACACUAAACAAUAUGAUUUUUUUUUUAUUGCUAUAAUUUUAUUGGCAAUUUUGCUUCAUUUGCAGCCUGCUUUGAGAACAGCUAGUCAAAUGUAGGUUAUAAAUCCAACCAGAAAAGAGAUGAAGAAAUACUCUUUCUGUUGUGACUCUUCCCCCUGCUUCUUCCUCUACAGACACUUGGCUGGUGAGGUGGCCAAGGAAUGGCAAGAAAUAGAUGAGGCAGACAAGACCCAGAAGGACACUCUUCUGACCCUAGUGAAGGAGAUUGUGCCAUACAACAUGGCACACAAUGCAGAGCACGAGGCCUGUGACUUGCUUAUGGAGAUUGAGCAGAUGGACAUGCUGGAGGAAUAUAUUGAUGACAACGCUUAUGCCAAAGUCUGCCUCUAUCUGACAAGGUGAGGGAACUGUUGUUUGGUUCUGUGGUCUGUGUGUCUGUGUCUGUGAGUAUGAGUGUGAACUGCUCUGCGGGGCUAGCAUGGAGACUUGGGCUUAAGGAAGUUGGUGUAUUCAGAACCUUCUUGUCUCCACAGACUGGUUCAACUAUUAAGUGGAGGACAGCAAUAAUGAGAUCUAGUUCUUUGGUUUGGUAACGUAGAGGAUACCUAGUUUUUUAAAAAAAUCUGUGGAACUAAGAAAGCCAGCCUGUGGCUUUGAGGUGUAACUGCAUGAGAGGCGCCUGGUAUGGCAACAAAUAAUUAGCCAAGACCCUGUAGGAUCACACAGAAGGACUUGGAAAAUGGAGGGGAGCAGCCUGAUGAAGAGUGGCGGGUAUAGUAUAUUUGCAGGUAUAGAGGAGGCCAGAGAAGAACAUUCUGAAAAACAGCAGCUGAGGGCUAAAAGGAGAUGAGCUUGUGCAGAGUGGGAAGUGUAAAGGUUUAAGAGAGUACAAGAUGGAGAGCUUUGAAAGUGGAGGUAUUGUUCUGUUACUUCACAGUCAACUGAUCUUUGCAUUCCAAUUUUGAUUCUGACACAGCAGUGCACUUCACACGAAGGCUGGAACCACAUCGGCUAGCUUGUGUUUCCACAUGCCCACCCAUCUCUCCACCUUUGCAAUGUAUCAUUUGGUAGGGGAAAAUUUACAGGACUAAAAGGGCAAUUGGAGGAGGGUGUUUAACCCUUGCUUACCUCUUUUCCUGUGCAGUUCAUUCUAUUCUCUACAGUUGAGCUUCCAAGUCUCUGUUGGCAAUAAAAUUCCAACGGGGGACUUGUAGAAAGGUGAUGGAUGGAGGCAGGGUUAAAUACCUUUCCCCCAUUCACUGCUUCACCCUCUUGUAAAUUGUACCAUCGCCACCUUGCAGUGGAAAAUUUACAGUUAAACAAUAUGAAAUGUAAGUUGGCAAAUAAUGUGUAGUUUUGGCCUAAGACUGUCUGCAGAGUGAAUUGAUCUCUUGUCUUGGCUCACAGUAAAGUGUUUUAUUGUCACAAUUUGAGCUGGGAUGCUCCUUGAGUCUGGUAACACUUAUAAAGGUGGAUCUUAUUUACUAGCUGUUGAGAUUUCUGGCUGCUUCAACAAUGGGUGUGUGUGUGUGUGUGUGUGUGUGAGAGAGAGAGAGAGAGAGAGAGAGAGAGAGGGCAAAUAUUUAGCUGUGCAUACAGGUCCCCCUGCAGUCCCCCCGAAUGUUGUAGUGUUUGCCUUCUCAUCCAUUAUUGAGGAAAGAGUUUGCCCAACAUGUUGAUACCACCCAAGCUUCAUCAUCUCCCUCUCUGUCUCUUGCAGCUGUGUUAGCUAUGUCCCUGAGCCGGAAAACUCUGCCCUCCUCCGCUGUGCCCUCAGCAUCUUCCGGAAAUUCAAUCGCUACCCAGAAGCCCUGCGCCUGGCUCUCAUGCUGAAUGACAUGGAACUGGCAGAGAACAUCUUCAUCUCCUGCAAAGAUGUGUAUGUGGGGACCUUGUCUAGGGCUGGGUGUUGUCACAGAGGUCCAGGUUGUUGGGGGAAAAGGAGAGCAGAUAAGUAGUGAGAAGGCCAGAUGCAGUGAGCAAGGCUUGUGUGGCUAUUCUCUCUUAAAUCACAGGUCAGGGCGGGGAAUGGCCUUAGAACUGAUAAGCAAAGAGUGGAUGAACUUCACCCCACAGGCCACAUCUGGGUUCCCAAAAUGUUUUCUGUGACCCUACCAAAGUUUUCAUUUAGUUUUUUUAAUUACCUUUUUUUUUUGCUGACCGCUGACAUUUGUGAUGCCAAAAGGUUUCUGUGAACCUCCUCCUCAAAGUUCCUCCAGAAUUUGAUUUUUAAAAAAUUAAAAAUUGGCCAUGGCCACUUAAACUGGUCACACCUGAAAGGUCAUAGUUUAAUGGUAGAGCAACUGAUUUGCAUUCAGAAAUUCACUUGUUCCAUUCUUGACAUCUUCACAAGUUACUUGCUCUACCCCGGUCUAUAGUGCUUUUGUUGGCUGAAAGCUAGGAAGAUACUAGUGAGGUUUCUGCAAGCCUUGUUAUGUGAGGAAUGGAAUGUUGCAUGCACGGUUCCUUGUGCUAAUAUGCUUGCAUUUUCUGCCCUUUACUGCAGGGUUGUUCAAAAGCAAAUGGCCUUCAUGCUGGGUCGCCAUGGAGUCUUUCUGGAGCUAAGUGAGGAUGUAGAAGAGUAUGAGGAUCUCACAGAAAUCAUGUCUAAUGUCCAACUCAACAGCAACUUUCUGGCCCUGGCCAGGGAGGUGAGUGCCCUGCAGACUGCUAUGAGCUCACACUCAUGGAUGAAAGUGACCAUUGGAUCAUGUAGGGAAGCAGUUGUAUCAGGUCAUUUGCAGAAGACACAUUUAGAAUGGAGCGGAUUGGUGAACAUUGAUUGGAAAUACCAAAUUUAUUAGAGAUGUCUGGGAAUACUUACCGAGGCAGUGAAGUUUAAUUUAACAGAAAACCAUCUGAAACUUUGUUUCCUUUGUCUUUUGCAACCAAAAAUUGAAAUUUAUUGUUCUUGAGAUGAAAUGCCUCUUAAUUAAGGGCCAAGUGCCUCAUAGGCUAUUCAGUUAUCCCCUGUGACUAGGGGUGUGUUACUUGAGAGACCACCUUAUCCCUUAAACUCCCAAUAGAUUGCUGUGAUCUGUGGGAGAGUUUCUCCUGCAAGUUUCUAAGGUCUCAGGAGCCUGUUCUGCAGUAACUCAGAGCAGGGCUUUUAGUGUGGCUUACCUUGUUCUGUGGAAUAACAUUUGUUUUAUGUUUUUAGUUAUUUUCAAUGUACUUCAUCUUCAGAUGGCUGUUUAGAACGCAGUUAAUAAUUUGAGGAUAAUUAUGUUAAUGAUGGAACGCGGGUGGCGCUGUGGGUAAAACCUCAGCACCUAGGACUUGCCAAUCGUCAGGUCGGCGGUUCAAAUCCCCGCGACGGGGUGAGCUCCCGUUGCUCGGUCCCAGCGCCUGCCAACCUAGCAGUUCGAAAGCACCCCCGGGUGCAAGUAGAUAAAUAGGGACCGCUUACUAGCGGGAAGAUAAACGGCGUUUCCGUGUGCUGUGCUGGCUCGCCAGAUGCAGCUUGUCACGCUGGCCACGUGACCCGGAAGUGUCUCUGGACAGCACUGGCCCCCGGCCUCUUAAGUGAGAUGGGCGCACAACCCUAGAGUCGGACACGACUGGCCCGUACGGGCAGGGGUCCCUUUACCUUUACUAUGUUAAUGAUAAUAAUGCAGCAUAGGCUGCAGUGUUGUGUGGGCUGGGCUGGGAUGCAGAAGUCAACUUCAGGGACCCAAGCUCAUUAGAGGCAGAAAUCUCCUCAAUCCUUUUUACAUACCUUGGUCUCUGGAUUGGAGGUUUUGCUGUGGUGUCUUGGGGAGGAAGAGAAGGCUAAGGCUUGCAAGUAGGUUGCUUGCACUGCAGAGCGACUGGGGUUAAAGGACUGACAACUUGGGAGGUCAAGUGAAAGUCUGCUUUGGUGGAGUGGGGUGGGUGGAGUGGGGUGGGCUGACCUGGAGCAUGGCUUCUGAAAAAUGGCAUACAGCCUUUUUUGCAAAAUGUGUAUUAUGGCAACUGAUUGGUCCCCAGUGGAGAUGAGCUAUACAGUGGUACCUUGGUUCUCAAACAUAAUCCGUUCCAGGAGUCUGUUCAACUCCCGAAACAGUUUGAAAACCAAGGCGCAGCUUCUGAUUGGCUGCAGGAGCAGCCGUGUUGGGUGUUCGGCUUCCGAAAAACAUUUGCAAACCAGAACACUUCUGGGUUUGCGGCAUUCAGGAGCCGAUUUGUUCGGGAGCCAAGCCAUUCGAGUACCAAGGUACCACUGUAAUGCUUUCCUGUAAAGUUAGGAAAGCCAUGUUAUAAUGCUGCGGCAUCAUAUGACUAAGAAGAAUAACCUCUUCUUUUCCUUCCAGCUGGACAUCAUGGAGCCAAAAGUGCCAGAUGAUAUUUACAAAACCCAUCUAGAAAACAACCGUAAGUGUUCUACUCAGAGCAGUGGGGUAGCCAUCCAGGCAGCUUCAUCAGGGUCCUGAUGGCAGAACCAAAGUUUAUUCAAGUUACAGUAAAGGAAUUUCACUUAUAAAGUAAAUAAAAAUGGUUUCAUGCUAUGUUACAUAUCUACAGUGAUACCUCAGGUUACAUACGCUUCAGGUUACAGACUCUGCUAACCCAGAAAUAGUACCUCGAGUUAAGAACUUUGCUUCAGGAUGAGAACAGAAAUCGUGCUCCAGCGGCGUGGCGGCAGCAGGAGGCCCCAUUAGCUAAAGUGGUGCUUCAGGUUAAGAACAGUUUCAGGUUAAGAACGGACCUGCAGAACGAAUUAAGUACUUAACCCGAGGUACCACUGUAUUAGAUUUUGAAUGAAAAUAUACACAUUAGCGUGUACUUUAUAUGAAUAAAGUACAUGCUAAUGUGUAUAUUUUCAUUUGUAUAUUGCUAUUAUCUUUAGGCACUCAAAGCAGCUUAGAUACCAAUAUCUAUAGCAUAUCGAGACUGAUAUCUCGAUCAUCAUAGCAAUUUCUAAAAUUCACACAUUGUAAUAUGUAGCACCUAUUACACGGCAUCAAAUCAGUGAGCUUUUAUCAGAGCUAGAAGAGACCUUAUGAAAUAGGCAUGCUUCUGAAGCUCUUAGUAGAGUGGGCCUGGCAAACUUCCCUUGGGAGGGAAUUCCACCACACAGAUAUCACUGCUGAAAUGGCUCUGUUCUUAAGUAGAUGCUAACUGUAAGCAGAUGGUCUGGUUGAGUUUAGCUAUUGCUACUGUUCAUUGAGUUUGUAUCCUGCCCUUCCUCCCAAAGGAGCCCAGGAUGGCAAACACACCCACAAUUUAAAAAGAAAAACAGUCUACUCUACAACAGUUUAAAACAUUUAAAAGCAGAUUCAGUUAAAAACAUAACUUUAUCCAGUGAUCUUGGGGUUGUCAGGAAUAGUAUGAUUAAGCUGCCAACAGGUGCUUGCUGUAAUAUUUGCACAUUUAUUUUGCGACGACUGUGGGUUUGGAAUAAAAAAACUUAAGAAUUAACUGCAGGCAGUGGUGGCACCUGGAGCAAUGUCUUGCCUGCUUAGUUCAUAGGGAUGAACUGGUGUUAUAUGUAAGAGCUGGGGUAUUCCAAACUUUUCAAGGGUUGUCCACGUGCAAGGUAUUAUGAUAGUCCAAGUUGAUAAAUAAGUAGUUCUGCCCGAGCUCUUAGGCUCACCAAAUCACUUGUGCUUUACUUCAAAAUGCUGUGUCUUGUCUUCAUUGUUGCAUGCAGUUUUCUAUAUUAAUCAAGCAAUCAUUCAGCUAGAAAGUGUAGGUGUCUUUAAGAGCUGGUGGCUGCUCACCCUGCAAAAAUGCUGUCUUUCCUUGACUGCCACGUGAGAUGAAUGGGAGAAGUGUGAAUGGAGCGCUGGCUGAGAGGAGGACCUGUUUGAGUAGUUCUAGGCUGACACUGGAGUCUGUCAUCCUCAACUGGCUCCCUCUUGUGCGUUCUGCUCCUUCAGGGUUUGGCGGCAGCGGCUCUCAAGUGGAUUCGGCUCGCAUGAACUUGGCCUCGUCCUUUGUUAAUGGUUUUGUGAAUGCUGCUUUUGGGCAGGACAAGCUGCUGACAGACGACGGCAACAAGUGGCUGUACAAGAACAAGGACCAUGGUGAGUCAGAAGAGGAGCAGGCAGCAGAUGGUCUGCUUGGGAGAACAUUGUGGGGGUGGGGGAGAUGGUGAUCAGAGAGCUCUCCCCUACUAUUUUUCUGUGGCAAAAUUUGACUGAAUGACCUUCUUGACAAGGGCCUGGUGAUACUUUUGUAUGUUAUACUUUCUAACUUGGUGCUCUUGGCCAAGGACUUCAUUCCUGAGGUUUGAAUUCUUUUGGCUGUUAUGGGCUUGGGACAUUUCGUUCAUUGGUACUGGGACUGCUGCAUGUGUGACAUUCGCCCAGUUAAAUUGGUUGCUUCAGGCCAAACUAGGGGUGAGGGGUUUAUUUUCAUAUUUCAUCCGUGGCAUCUGCAUGGAUGAUAGGUGGCCCAGGAAUUGCUUUUAAUUAUAAAACGAUCUGGCAUAAAGCAGAGGGUGGGAAGCAAAUUUUUACAAAGAAGUGUGUGCAUAGGUGUGGAAGCAUCCCCUGCUUUGUGUCCCCAUCCUCUGUCACAUCAGGCACUUUACUUCCCCAGCCUGGAUCUCUGAACGUGGUACAUGAUGGUGCCUCACACCUUUUCAUUUUAAAACUUAAGACCCCUCCCCCUACUUUAUAUGUGAACAGGAAAGGUAUAAACGAAUGAGAUUGCUGCUGCCUUGCCAAGAUUGCUCACUCCAACCCAGGCGUGAGCCAUGUUUUCCUCUGGGUUAGUUCUUCAGAGUGUGAAACCCUCACCAUUUGAUGUGGGGUUGGUUUGACUUUGCACAGCUGAGAGUAUUUGAGUUAGAUCAUGUCUCAUCUGAAAGACAUCUCAUUACUGUGCCAAGCAGUGUCUUGAUGUGAAACACCUAGCUUUGAAAUAAGGGCUAGUCUCUUGACCUUUAAGGCUCUUUGACUUUAACACAAGGUGUUGUCUGAAAGCCUGGAAUAUUUUUGGUAACUGCUAUCUUCUGUUAAGCAGCCUUUGCCAUAGCUGCUUGCGCCUCCUAGUUGUCCUGAACCCCUUUCUUCUUCCUCCCCAGUGUAAAUUUCCAUAACCCCAACGAGACAUGCAUCCUCUCAUUCUCUUAUAAGAGUGUCCAUCUUCACCCUAAGAAGCUUUUACAUUUAUUUUAUAGGGAUGCUGAGUGCUGCAGCCUCGCUGGGGAUGAUCCUGUUGUGGGAUGUGGAUGGGGGGCUUACACAGAUUGACAAGUACCUGUACUCCUCAGAAGACUACAUCAAGGUGGGUGACCUUCCUUUCAGCCUGAGUGUUAACUGCUCACAGCAAUCCAGUCAUAUCAAAAUAACAAGACAGACUCUUUUUAAGAGUAUAGGAAGUUUCUUUACACUGAGACCACUAGUCCAUCUAUCUCCGCAUUGACUCUUAUUAUCAGGUUGGCAUGUGAGGCAUCCGAGUGACAGGUCAUCUGCCCUGAUUCAUCCGGGCAAGGACUACAUAACUCAAGUAUUUAACAUAAUGCCACCCUCCAGUUAAUUUAGCCCUUUUAGCUUACUAGAUACUGUAUAGGCUUGUCAUGACAUUCGUUGUACUUGACAGUGCCUCCCCACUUCCUAUUUUGUGUCCUAUAGUCGGGGGCUCUUCUGGCUUGUGGUAUCGUGAACUCUGGCGUGAGGAACGAGUGUGACCCUGCCCUUGCAUUGCUCUCGGACUAUGUCCUCCACAAUAGCAACACCAUGAGGAUCGGCGCCAUCUUUGGGUGAGGACCUGCCUUGGCUUCCAUUUCCCUCUCCGCAGAGCAUCGCAUAUAUCAUUCUAAGUGACAUGGUAUUCUCUUGCAGGCUGGGGUUGGCGUAUGCUGGUUCUAAUCGAGAAGAUGUCCUGACCUUGCUUCUUCCUGUAAUGGGAGAUUCCAAGUCCAACAUGGAGGUGAGGGAACAGCGCCACAGCCAUCUGGUGCUUCGGUCAGCUGCUUGCCCAGGGGUGGAUGGAUGGGGCUGUGUCUUUCAUGGAGUGUAGAAGGCAAUUAGAAGCAGAGUUUCUGUGCUCUAGCUUGGAGUUUGUUUUUGUGUGAAUGGCCGAGGGCCAUUUAGCUGACUCAGACUUUUAUGUUGUAAUAUUAUGUUGUAAAAGCCUGUUGGUCUAACCUAUUGAUAAUGAGAAGGCAGGUGGACCAAGACCUCUCCAAGUGACCUUGGGAAGGAGGAGGUUCAUAUCUCAGUGCCCUCAGCAUGUUGCCCAGCAAAAUCAAAUUUUGAUAGGAAGUUAGUACAACUAAGAUGCACAGGACUCCAAAAGCAUCCAUGUGGAGAGUCUUCUGCUUGACUCUUGGCUUGGGAGGAUUAGUGAAAAGGUUUAUCCAUUUCUUAAGUUUGCAGAAACACAGACCCUGAAGUGUGAAUGUCAUCUCAAGCCACUUAAACAUGUUUGCCAUGCAGUAGGCAGUGGGCAAACAGUGCUCAAGGCCAACCUAGGAGUUGUGUAACCUUGAGGUUCUGAAUGUCAAUAUAUGUCAAGUCUAGGUUUGAAAGAUGAUCUUGACGCUCUUCUUCUCAUGUGGAAUGGGUCAGAGUUCUUGGCUACCUGAAAAUCCCAUCUGUAGUGGUUUGUUCAGGGGCACAGCAAAGCUAUAUAAACCUUGAGGAAACCAGGGAAUGCUGAACCCAUGAAAUGAUGUGUUUCCUAGUUUCAACUGCUCAGUCUAGUAAAGUGUGACUAGUUUUAAUGGUUGCUUCAGACCUUACCCUGAUAGACUGGCAGCUAUCACUUGGAAAAAGGGGAAAGUUGCCAUGCAUAUUCUUCCCUUUGUGUGCUGCAGGAAAAUAUCAAUGAGCAGGUGUUUCAGCGACUUGGCUCUUGGGAAGUAGCACCGUUUUGCAGGAAUCUGGUGGAUAGCUUUCACUCUGUGGUCUCCUUCAGGAUGCUGCUUACAAUAUGUCUCUGUCAGAAGCAGUAUGUGUCUGAAUUCCAGUUGAGAAUCAUAGAUGGGGGAAGGGCUGUUAUGCUCAGGUCCUCCUUUGAGGCUUCCCACAGGCAUCUGGUUGGCCACUGUGAAAACAGGAUGCUGUAGGCCUAGCUGAGCCAGUGGCCUGAUCUAGCAGGCCCUUAUUGUAUUUUCCAGCUGCAAGGAUUUUGGUGUGACACUAUUUUUCUCCCCAGGUGGCCGGUGUGACAGCCCUGGCUUGCGGAAUGAUUGCUGUGGGCUCAUGCAAUGGAGAUGUUACCUCCACCAUCCUCCAAACCAUCAUGGAGAAAUCUGAGACGGAGCUGAAGGACACUUAUGCCAGAUGGCUACCUCUUGGCCUGGGCUUGAACCACCUUGGUAAGCACAUUCACUAUGGCCAGGUCUGUGGGUGUCAGGCACACACUUGUGUAGUGAGGAGGAAGGGUCUCUGGUCAGAAUUUUUUGGGCUUCUCUUGAGCUGCUGUUGUGAUGUUUCCUACAGGAAAGGGUGAGGCCAUUGAAGCAAUCCUGGCAGCACUGCAGGUCGUGUCGGAGCCUUUCCGCAGCUUUGCCAACACGCUGGUAGACAUCUGUGCCUAUGCAGGUGAGUGGGCUCAGCAUUGUUUUGGCUGUUUGUGAACUGGGUGUUGGAGACCCCAGUCCCAUUUUACUUGUCUUGGGUUUUUCCUCCAGGAUCUGGCAAUGUGCUGAAGGUGCAACAGCUUCUCCACAUCUGUAGUGAGCAUUUUGACUCCAAAGAGAAGGAAGAAGAGAAAGAGAAGAAAGAGAAAAAGGACAAGGAGAAAAAAGAGAACUCUGCCGACAUGGGGGCUCAUCAGGUAGGGUAAAGGUUCCGGGUCUAAGAAAAGGUGAGAGGUCUCUCUCUUGGAUGCUGUGAGUGAGAGAACAGGAGCUUGUGGGCAAGGCAAACAUGUGGCAUGUGCUGUGUGUGCAGAGGUUCCCAGGCUCAAUCCCUGGCAUUUUUACUAGAAACAUCAAAUAGCCAAUGAUGGGAAAGAGCCUCUGCCUGAGACCCUGGAAAGCCUCUGCCUGUCGGAACUGAUUCUACUUGGUUGUUCAAACAGUUUGGCCUUGGUAUACGGUUGAUUCCUGUGCUCCCAACCUAGACAGAUGAGCUGACAGCUGCAUAGACAAAGGUCAUUCUGCUCCUUGGUAUUGGGAUUGACUGACUGUGCAACAAGACAAAAAAAAAAGUCUGUUUAAACAAUUUUAAAUUGUUGCCUUGGGUUUGUGCUUGAAAUGAAACCACCAGCUUAGUGAUAUGUUCAGAAAUGAUGAAAAAAUAAAUCCUGAACAAAUGCCAUUGGUUAUUUGCUUGUAGGGUUGUAUAAUUGUAUAUGCAUGGUAACAAUCACCACCAAAAGCUGGUCUUAAAAUGCAGUUUUGGUUGUACCAGCCCAGAAGUGUGGGUCCUUGUUCCUAACUAAGGAGCAGUUGCUGAUAAUUUGCAUCAUCAGCUGGUUGUAAUGUCCUCAAUUAUGUCCUUUCCUCAUCUUGAAAUCAGCACAAGGGCGCUCUUUCACUCCAUGGAGUAUUUGAAAGCACUUGGUCAUGGUUGUAGGAAUAAUAGCAAGCUGCAUUAUACUGGGUGUUGACACACACUGGCAGUGACUCCAGGAUUUGAAACUGGGGACACUACCAGCCCUAGUUGGGCGAUACCAUGGAUUGAGCUUGUAUGUAAACAGGUGCUUUACCACUGAGCCAUAGCCUUUCUUCAAAAUACUAGCUGCUAAUAUUUUAUUGCCCAAUUGGAUGGUGUUGCCUUCCUGUUUGGCGAAACGUGAUUUAAUUCUGCUAGUCAUGGGUAGGGCCAUAUGGGGCACUGUGGAAUAAAGAGUCCUGAACUAAACCAAUGGACAGCAACGAGCCAAAACUGGACUGACAGAUUUGAGUGCAAAGUUAGUACUAGCCUGGGAAACCAUUUUUCUUUCUUACUCUCACAAUAAAAAGCUAUGAGGCAGUCUUAGGGUGGCCUUGCUUGAGGAAGUUGAGAUGCCACAUUUAGUUUGGGGAAAAUGUGUUUCAUCCAUGUCACAAGGUAUCCUGUGGUUUCGGAAUUUGUAUUUCCCUCUGCAGGGAGUAGCUGUACUGGGGAUUGCACUCAUCGCUAUGGGGGAAGAGAUUGGGGCGGAGAUGGCUCUGCGCACCUUUGGUCACUUGGUGAGUAAGAUGGUGUGGGGGAAAUGCUCUCUCCAUUUGGGGGCAAAGAUUGCCACUUGGGAUCCAGUGUGCAGCCAGGGAUCGUUCUGUGUCAUUGGCCAGCCCUGCCGUAGUCUGAACUGAAAAACAGAAUAAAUUUGCCUGCUGUUCCAACCCUUUGUCUGAAUUCCUUUCUCAGUGAAGCCAAGUUUGCCACAAUUUUGAAAUAGUUUUGCAGGACUAAUGGAAAAGAGAGAAGACCUUCCAGGAUUACAAGCCAUAUUCUUCAUUUAGCUCUACAAAUAAGGGAUUGGUUUGCUCUUAAAUUUGAGCAGCACCUACCAUUAAGUCAUGACAAGGGAAAUACUGUUUGUUGGAAGGGUGGGGUAGAGGAGAGCCUUUUGACUAAAAAAAAAAAAAAUCUGUCUUGUGUGAAUAAUGCAGAUCAGACUAGGUCUCUGGAAUGUCCCUAGUUGCCUAGGAAUGUGUUGCUUCAACAUGCCUUUUUUUUGGUGUUUGUGUGUAAUACAGCUAGAUAUAUUAAGUCUACCCUGAUAGAAGAAUUCUGAACUGGAAAUGUGUCUCCUAAGGGACUGCACUGACACUGGGGAACAAAGUGAAAGUCUGUCCUAUCCCGUUCAUUGCCUGCAAGUUCCAAGAUCUACAUUCCAUGUGUUCCAAAACAUUUCUUGGCCCUGGUUCACAUCACAAUUUAUACAGGCUUGCUGGGUGGUCUGCACUCUGGUGCACCACUGUAAAGGGAGGGUGACCUCAGCCAAGGAAAUACUGCUGCUGCUGCCCCUGUGGGCUGCACUGCUCCCACCCCUGGUCUGCCAGCCGUAUGCAGGGUGUGAGCUGUGAACCUAAAUGAACAUUGCGUUCCUGAGAAUUUAGGAGGGGCAGGAGUUGCAGUUUGAAACCACAAAGCUUUGCAUCUAACAUGUUUUAGGGUUUGUUGAGACUUUAGCUUUGCUUUCUCUGUGGAUAAACUGGAUGGUUGCUACAUAUUGUCUGUGUGAAGCCUUGCUGCUAAGAGAUUGGAGUUACUUUUUGUUACUCUGGCAGCUGGUGGAUGCUCUGAUGCCUCUUGGACUGCUGCUGCAACCCUCAGAAAGGCUGCAUUUUUGUCUUUGGUUGCGUGUGUCAGAGUGUGCGUAGUGCUCUGCAAUCCUGGCCUCACCUUCUCCUCUUCCUUCUACAGUUGCGGUAUGGGGAACCCACUCUUCGCCGAGCUGUCCCCUUAGCCCUGGCCCUCAUCUCUGUCUCUAACCCCCGCCUCAACAUACUUGACACCCUCAGCAAGUUUUCCCAUGAUGCUGACCCAGAAGUGUCCUACAACUCUAUCUUUGCCAUGGGCAUGGUAGGCAGCGGUAAGCACAUUUAGAAUCUUGGGUGACUGUGCAAGCCAUGGGCCAAUGGGGAAUCCGUGCAGUUGGUCUGAAAUGCCUUCUGACGAUCCAGAAUGCUCUGGUGUUUAGAAUACAGCAUUGACAAGUGCAGAGGAGAGGUUAGAUUCAUGCAGGCGCAAUCUCCAAUUGCUUGGGGGAAAGCCCUGAAGAGGAGGGAAUUUAGGUGGCUAUAGGGAGGUGAGGACUUUCAGUCUUGGCAACUGAUCCAUGGGGCAAGACCUACCAGGGAGGAACCACUGUGCUCAUUAGGCACGACAACCCGCCCAGUCUGUGCAGAUCGUGCUCUUGCUGAUAAAGAGUUAACUCCAACUUCGAAUGGUGUGAUUUACUGUUGGCUCGCUUCUGACACAGUGUUAAGUCUAUUUCGGAGAAAGCGAGAGAAAGUAUUUAGUGGCACUUUAAAAACCUAAGAAUUUAUUUUGGUACGGCAUCAUAGGAAGCUGCUGUACACAUGGUCAGACCAUUGGCCUACCUGGCUUGGUCUUGUCUGCUCUGACUGGCAGUGACUCUGCAGGGUUUCAGGUGGAGGUCUCUCCUGGCCAUACCUGCAAAUGCUGGGCUCUUGCAUGCGAAAACAAACUAAAAUGAAAACUGAAAAUAUGUGGACUGCAGUGCCCCUCUAUACAUUCACUUCAGUUUUUCUUCUCCCCCAUUAAGCAUGAGUUAAAAUAUGUGCAAUAACAAAGCUAAAAUCUUUUGGAUAUUUCUGCGAUGGGAGAUUAAGGGCUGUACCACCCUGCAGGCCCUUUACAUGCCCUAAGUUGCACUCCCUAUGCAACCUCCCCGUGCAUACCUUUUCAUUUUGUCUAGUGGUAGGGGGAAUCCCCCUUGUUCGCAACAGCAGUCCCAUGUCCUAGCCAGAAAGUGAUUGUGGGAGCUUGGCCUUUUUUAGUUGCUUCCUGAUCCCUCCUUUCCGGACCCCACAGGUACCAAUAAUGCCCGCCUGGCUGCAAUGCUUCGACAGUUGGCACAAUAUCAUGCCAAGGAUCCCAAUAACCUCUUUAUGGUGCGGUUGGCCCAGGUAAGUGGCUCAGCUUAAACUCUGCCCCAAGCUAGUGGGUAGCAUUGUUAACUUUAGAGUUGUUAAACAGCUAGAUGAAUAUACCAAAUAUUAUUAUUAGGCUGUAUCUGUGAUUAACAUUCUCAGCAGAAAGUGACUUUUGAUGAGACCUGAAAUUUAGGUGGGUUUUUGUUCUCCUUUUGUACUGUGCCAUUAUUCCUAGGCAGAGAUUUCACAGCAGCAGGACUACGUUAGGGUUGCUAAUGGGCUUGCUUUGAAGUACGGCUGCAGGGUUUUGCAGCAGUGGCGGAAGGGGGGCUGCAGAGGUGUGUGUUCAGGGGGUGUCUGUAUGGGAUUGUUGUGUGUUUUGCUGUGCUGAUUUUCAUUCCCCUUGGUGUGCUUCUAUCCCCACUAAAUAUUACCAGAAGACAGAUGCAUUUUUUUUCCUCAGAGGAGAGAAAUGUAUUUGAAAAUCCCCCCCUCUCAGUUUUGCCUCUGUCCUGUUUUCCGAAUAAUAUUUCUCCAAUGCUGUCAGUGCCCAUGGCAUUUUAAAGAGUAACUGCAAGAAAAGGCAGUAAAAUAAUAAUAAUGCAUCGAGGCAGCCUGUGACUGUAAAAAAUUAUGCAGAUUGGGCAGAUUUACAGAAUUUUUGCACUGUGUAAUCUGUUUAUGCUCGUCAUUGGGUGGAGCAAGGGGCUAUGCAGAGCACCAAAGCCCCUGCUCUGAAUCCUGGGGACCAUAUUCAGCUAUACCCUUCAGUCUUUCAAGAUUCCCACAAGCAUUGCCCAUGCAUCAAGCACUUAAAGGAUCAUGAUGCAUUUGCAACCCUGAAGAGCAAUUGGAACUCAAGCAGCUUAUCAUCUUUCUGAGAAAGAAACGGGAUUUGGUGCUUUGUAAAAAUAAUAAUGAUGAUGAUGCACUUUAGUACCGCAUGGAAGCUUUUCAUUCUGUGAAAAUUAUUUGGAGUCUUGGGACUUGCAUUUCCAAACAGUCCCUGCUGUGACCUGUAUCUCUGUCAUGGUGUGGAGGGUUGUCUUCCUGUAGAAGGAAGGAAAGCUAGGAGAGAGGGUGGAGGGAAAGGGAGCAGGUCUUCAAGGGUUGGUGAAGCACCACCGCCGGGUACUCGGAGCAGAUCCAUGGUAGCAGUUUGGAAUGAUAAUGCAUACACACUGCUGACUUCUUACACUCCUCACAUAGUGACAACAAGUCCUGAAUAACCAAAUGUUUGGUGUUUAUUAAAUGUUAGGUUUAUGUCCCAUAUUUCAGUUGAAUGAACCUCAAGACUGCUUGCGAGUGGUCCUUUGGUCCCAGCCAUGGAUUUCCCCAUCACUAAUAUAUUUUCUGCUUGCUAUGCAGGGCCUGACACACCUUGGGAAAGGGACCCUCACUCUUUGUCCUUACCACAGCGAUCGGCAGCUCAUGAGCCAGGUGGCCGUGGCAGGCUUGUUGACUGUGCUGGUGUCCUUCCUUGAUGUCCGUAACAGUAAGUAUUGACCCCUGGAGUUGGGGAGUAUAAUUGGCCGGCCCCUUUAAUGGUGAACUCUGGAAUUACUGUAUUUUUCGCUCGAUAACACGCACCCGGCCAUAACACGCAUGUAGUUUUUAGAGAAGGAAAACAAGAAAAAAAAUAUUCUAAACGAAACAGUGGAUGUAUGAUUUUUGUGGUUCAUGCUGUGGCCACAGACAUGUGAUCUGACGGUGAGUUUGGGGUAGCCCAAUGCAAAAAUCCUGAGGAUCCAUGUGGAUCCAUGUUUGUAACCAUGUUUUUGCACCACUGCGGCCCCAGGCAACAGUGGGUGUGUGAUUUUUUUGGUGCAAACUGUAGCCAUGGACAUGCUAUGUGAUCUGAUGGUGAAUUUGGGGUGACCCAAUGCAAAAAUCCUGAGGAUCCAUGUGGAUCUGUGCUUUGUAACCACGUUUUAAGUGGGGAAGGAAGGAAAAGCACUCAAGGGACAAGGAGCACACGUGGAGCAAGCUCUGCUUCUCUCCCUCCCCCCCCCCCUUAGCGAGCUGAAAAACUUUGCUGGAGGGACAGAGAGCCUGCUUGCUUUAAAGGAGCCUACCGAGUGUAAGCGGCUCCUCUCCCGCUUUGCUCCUUUAAAGCUAGCAGGCUCUGCUUCUCUUCCUCCUCCCCCCCCCUUAGCGAGCUGAAAAUCUUUCCUGCUAUUUCCAGCAAAGCAGGAGAAGAGCUGCUGAGUGGGGACGAGAGAGAUACAGAGAGCCUGUUUGCUUUAAAGGAGCCAACUGGACAGGAGCUGCUUACACUCCUCUCCCCUCCCGCUUUGCUCCUUUAAAGAAGCAGGCACUCUGUCCCUCUCUCCUCCCCAUUCAGCAGCUCUUCUCCCGCUGGAAACCAUGGAGGAGGGAAGCAUUCGCUCCGUAACACGCACAGACAUUUCCCCUUACUUUCUAGGAGGAAAAAAAUGCGUGUUAUGGAGCGAAAACUACGGUAAUUACUUUUCAGUGGUUAAGAGACUUAAUUCAUUUUUACUGGAGGCAGGUGCCAUCAUUAGAUGUUUUUGGCCCGUGUUUGCAGCCAUCAUUCAGAUGUGAACAGUUGAGAGUAAGUGGAGGAGUUCUAGGUGUCUAAUUCUGGAACUCCUUUCCUCUAGAGAUCCACAAAGCUUCAAGGGAGAAGCCUUAGUACACAAGAUCCUUAAUUCAGUGCUCCUAGAAUUCUCCUUUCUCUUUAGCUUGAGAUCCUGGAGAGCUUUCGUAAGUCAGGCUUGAAAGUUAUCCAGUUUGGUGGGUCAUUGUUCUGACAUACAUAAAGGAUUCCUUCGUAUGUGUCUGAGCCUAGACUUCCGGGCCAUAAUCCUGCUUCGGUUUUGUACUGGAGUAUAAGUCCAUGCACCCAGUGGCAGUAGAGAAUAGCAUAUGCACAUUUAAAUUGCCACUUGGAAAAAGACAAAGAAAUAUGGUAAGCAUUCUCCUGUGUCUUUUGCUAAGGAGAGCUUGCUUGGCUGAUGAGGACCAUGUCCUUUUUGUGUUCUAGUUAAAUAAAAAGUGAGAAAGUGCUGUUGAUGAUCAAAGGAAGAUAAUGAUAUUUCUCUUCUAUAUUACUGUGCAUCAAAAUGGUGGUUGAAUCAAUAGAUAGACAAGAUUUUUUUAAAAAAUAUGAUUCAUUGAUCCCCAGAAUUAUGUCUCUGUCUUCUACUGGUGAACAGAUCUAAUCAAGUAUGACAGCACCAUUGGAUUGGAUAAGGGAAACUUCCUUAGUGGACCAGUCUCUGCAAGCCUUGACUUAUGUUUUCCUUUCUCUCCUAGUAAUUUUGGGGAAGUCCCACUAUGUACUGUAUGGCCUUGUGGCUGCCAUGCAGCCACGCAUGCUUGUGACCUUUGACGAGGAGUUGCGCCCCCUGCCAGUGUCUGUGAGAGUGGGGCAGGUAAGUAGGCUCUGAACAGAAGCUGGGAGGGUCCCUGCUUUGCUUGGGGAUCCCAUGGGGCACUGGACUUUGGCUGUUCAUGGGUUACUAUGGGUAGCCUUAGUGGAGAAUGGGGAUCUGGGGCGCUUUUGUUUCCUGACUUCCCUGAAGGCUUGAUCAGGGCUAAGGAAACCCUGCACCAGAGGGUUGGGGGAGCAACUUCCCUGUUCACUAGCACUAACCUCUGGCCUUCCUCUCAGGCGGUGGAUGUGGUAGGCCAGGCAGGCAAACCGAAGACUAUCACUGGCUUCCAGACCCACACAACGCCAGUGCUGCUGGCCCAUGGUGAGCGGGCAGAGCUGGCUACAGAGGAGCACUUGCCAGUGACACCCAUCCUGGAGGGCUUUGUUAUUCUUCGCAAGAAUCCCAACUAUGAUGUCUGAAUUGCCUGAGGUUUUGGGGUGGGGUGGGAGUGGGGAGUAGGAUGCGGCACUGUGAGGAGGGACUAGCCUCCUCCGUCUUUUUUGUUACAGAAGGAGCUCUUCUUAGGAAAAUAAAUUGACCCGAGUUAAUUUGGCUUCCCGUUUGUUCUGUUCUGAUCUUCCUAUCUGUAGAAUGGAGGUAACCAGAAAUCCCUUGGCCUUUACUUAGGAAUAGGGAAGGUGGGUUGUAAACUGAUUGGGCUCUGCACAGGGCUGCCUGUAGUUUCCCAGGAGCAGCUACAACCUGGACACUGUUAUUAAGAGGUUUGUGUAGUUGACAUCUAUCAAUGAUUGAACGAAGUGUCUCAUAUUCAUCAUUACACUUGAAAAGGGCAAGGAGAACUUGGGUGGUUUUUUGACAGUUGGAAAACUACUUGGCGAACAUUGUAAUGCUUGAAAAGAAAGGAUUUCCUUGAGAACACAGACUACAGAGGUCUAUAGAUUACAAGAAAACUGGGCAGAGGGCUGAAGGACCCUCGCCAUUGGAAGAUUCCAAGUCUUAUCUGUGUCGUAUCCUGUCCCCCUGCUUUGAUUACAGGGUCAGUCCACGUUGCCAGCAUGCCUUCUAGCUUGGUGGUAAGCGCAGGUAUUUAAAAAUGCAAGACUCUUGCAGAAAUUGUUCUGCUGUGGCUCCCACAAUACCCAGUAUUAAUUCACAGAAUAUUGUCAGAUCCUUCCAGACCAAUAAAGUGGCUGCAUUUCUCUAGUAAAGAAAUGCAGCAGUUCAAGAG